UUGCCACUCUCAAAGCAUUACACAGAGUCUCUUCGUUUGAGUAAUUCGAAUUUUCCAGUUUCUUGAUUCAUUGGUUUCCUUUUAUCUUUAUAUAUCCGGUUAUCAUUUCUUGUUGAAUUUAGCAAAUAAUGGCUGAGGAAGUUCAGUACAAUCAUCAAAACAUUGAGAAGAAGAGCGAUGAGCCAUGCGAUCACGGCGUCUCCGCCCCCAUCAAGGUCGAUGAGUAUGCGGCACCGCCGUCUGUGGAGGCCACCGACCGUGGGCUGUUUGAUUUCAUUGGGAAGAAAGAGGAAGAGAAGAAGUGUCAGCAGGAAGUGAUCACCCCUCAGUUUGAAGAGAAAGUUCAGGUCUCUGAACCAGAGUGCAAGAAAGAGGAAAAGGAAGAAGAGAAAAAGCAUGAAGGCCUGCUCCAAAAGCUCCACCGAUCCAGCAGCUCUAGCUGCUCUUCGAGUGAUGAGGAGGACGUGAAAGGAGGGGAAGAGAAGAAGAAGAAAAAGAAGGGUUUGAAGGAGAAGAUAUCUGGUGAUAAAAAGGAAGAAGAGAAAAUUGAGAAGUACGAGAACACUUCUGUACCAGUAGAAAAAUAUGAUGAAAUACCAGUUCAUGAAAAAUCUGAGGAGAAGGAGGACUUCCUAGACAAGAUCAAGGAGAAAUUUCCCGGCGGCCAAAAGAAGGCGGAAGAGCUCGAGGUUCCUCCACCGCCACCUCCGGCUGCCGUUGAGUGCGCCACCCCUGACGGAGAGGUCAAGGAGAAGAAGGGUUUCUUGGAUAAGAUCAAAGAGAAGCUCCCUGGGUACCACUCCAAGACUGAAGAGGAAAAGGAGAAAGAAAAGGAAAAGGAGUCUGCAUGCCAUUAAGGAAUAAUCACAAAUGAUGUGGGGGUGUGUUUGAGUGGCGUGACGUCGUUUUGUUUGAUUUACUUUCUAUAUAUCAAAGUUUGUUUAUUUGGGGUUGGGUUGUCUUAUGGAAGUGAUCAUUGUGUCCAUACUGAAUCGUUCUGUGAGUUGCACAGUUUGAUAGUGGAUUGAUUGCUUCCUUUAGUUUGUAAUUUAAUCGUCUUUGUGAGAUCUUUAUGCAAAAUUGUUGGAAUUUGCUUCUA